ACAGCUGAUUCGGAAUAGAGGAAGGGAUAGAAUAAAGAAGAGCCUCUGACAAAAGAGAGAUUGAUAGAAGGUUCCAUCUACUAAUCUUCCCGUAUUAGUGUUUGCUAAACACGAAUUGUCGCAAGAUUAUUAUCUUGCAAUCGAUAUUAAUCUGCUGGAUCCAAAAAUAAAAACGUAUCACGUUUGGUGACGUUACAUAUAGAUGUUGCUUUGCUAUUCGCACGCGCAUUUCAGUAUUUAUUCUCCGCUAAGAACUACGUAAAUGUCAAAAGAGUAGUGGUCGAGAAUUUAUUUGUCUCCUUGAUAUAUAUAUAUCAUUCGCAAAAUUGAACGGAGUCUGGUUGGAUCAUAUCACGCAAAAUGAACUAUUGGAUAAUAAUCGUUGCAAUAGCGUGUAUUUUGGCACGUCUUCUAUAAAAUAUAUUUUGCGCCGUGACUCAACGAAUAUGAAUUUUCAUAUUUUAUUGCGUUAAUUUGCGACAGUAUUUGAUAGACUUGUCACAAUUCUAUGAGACCUACGAGACACAAACAAUGGAUGAUGUAAAUAUCAAUGAAAUAUGUCUUCAUGAAGAAGAGGUGAUUGCAAAUGGGAACGAAUGGAUUAAAUUUAGUUGGAUUAAACAGAGUGAUGACAAUGAAACUUCACGUCAAUCAUUGGAUGUACAGAAGGGGGAUUCAAAUAUUGAGACUGCAGAAAUAAACGAUGAUGAUAACAAAGUCUUGUGCAUAAAUACAGAAGCAGAGGAUAUAUCCGAUGGUAUAUCUGUCAUAACGGAGAGCGAUACAGAUACUAUUAAUACAAAUAUCCUCCAAAUCUGUCAAUUUAAUGGUAACACAUAUAGGCUUCUCCGGAUAUUGGAAACACAAAUAAAUAAACAGGCAAAUAUAAGAGAUGUUUUUAUGGCUUGUGUAAUUGGUAUCAUUAUUGGUUUUGUUCUUAGCCAUUCUUUCAUAGAUUCCAAAGCCUGUCCAAACUUAAAUGGGAUUAAUAAUGAAAGUCUUAAGACUGUAGGUCACAAUAUUGUUAAUACUCUCAAAGGACUGACGGAAGAUUUCUUGUUUCCAGUGAAAACUAUGCUAAAUGAAAUUAAAGCUCGUACUGCAGUUGAUAAAAAAAUUAUGGAGCACUUUAUAGGGCAGUUUUCUAAGAUAGAUGCUGCGAAUAAAAUGAGUAACAAGCCAAUUAUUACAUCAGAAUCUUUCAAUUUUGAUCCAUAUUCAUUGGAUCAAGUAUCUCAACUUCAAGUGUCUCUACAUGUAUUAUCAUCAUUGGCAUCUCUUUAUGAUAACAACAGUUCGUUGAAAAAUGAAAUAAGUGAGACAUUGGAUAUUGUGAAUAGUACAAAAGCAUUUUAUGAAAACUUGAUAUUAUUUAAUAACAAUACACAAAAUGAAUACAAUUCUCUUGCCUUGAAAAUUUUGCAACAUAACGGUGACAAAAUACAUAUUACUUCUAAGUUACUUCUCUCAAACUUGAUAGAAAAAAUGAGCAAGAUAACAUUAAAUGUGUACAAUACAUAUACUAAAGAAAGACACAAAUUAAUUAAAAAAUUGUGUGAUUUGAAAAGUGUACUGCUUGAUGAUGAAUUCUUGAAACAAUUAACACAAAAUAAUCAGUUUUUCAAAAAUUAUAAUAAAUCUUGUUUUUCAAACUAUUCAUCAAAAAAGUUGAAUACAAAAACAUUUGGAAAAAAAAAUACAAAAAUAGGAUAUAUAAAGAAGCAAAUCAGGAAAGCUGAUAAUACAGUAGUUCAAGCAAAAUAUGAUAAAGAAAGUAGCCAGAAAAUUUAUGAUGGUGAUAGAAAGGGCUCUUUAAAAAAUGAAAAAACUAAGAGAUUGAAUGAACACAAUUAUACUAUUACAAAGUUUUUCCAAAAUGCCAGUGAUAAAAUACAUAAUACUUCUCAGCUACUUUCCUCAGAAUCUAUAGAAAAAAAAAGCGAGAUGUUAAAUAAGCAUAUAUGUACUAAAUAUGAGGCGAGACUCAGAUGGAUAAAAAAUAAGCGUCAUAAGGAUAGUAGUGAAUUUUUAGAACAAUCAAUAGAAGAUAGUGAAGAAAAUAAUAGAAAAUCAGUUAAUUGGUAUGGUACAAGAGAGAAUGAUUAUUUACAAUCAAUUAAAAUACAAAAAGACGACGAGAUAUCAAAGAAUAAUUUUGAUAAUAUUUUAAUACAACUGUGGAAAGACAUGUGCCCACUUUCAACCAAUUCUUGUCCAAGAUUUAAUAUCGAUGUACCCACAUUGCCUACCACAUCAAGCUGUAAAACAGAGAAUUGUAUUGUUAAUUCUAACAACAAACAUGAUGUAAAUAGCAAAAAAUCUGUAUCGGAUUAUGAAAGUUCUAUAAAAAUUCUGUAUGGAAAGAGUAGACCAAAACAAAAAGACUACACUAAAUGGAGUAGUUCCACCAAAAAGGUCUUUAAUAAUGAUGAUAAUAAAAAUAUCAAAGAGAAAAAAAAGAUAUUCCCUCAAAAUGAAAUUAAGAAUCGUAUAUCUGAGACUGAUAAUUACCAUAAAUCUAAACAGUCUUCAUUUAAUACUCGUGUAACAAAACAAGAUAAACAGGAUUAUAUAAAUACGAACUGGCAGAGUGAUAAUAAAAGAUUUUAUAUGCAUAAGAAGCAACGGCAGCGUAGCGCUUCAGAUUGGUACUUUCAACGAGCAUAUCAUCGUAGAAUAGCGCGGAAACAUGCGGAACGCAUAUAUCAUCAAUGGAAAGAAUCCAAAGAAUUUUGGAAGAUGGAUUUGAUGUAUUCUGGAUAAAAAACUAGUAUGUUAUGCUUCACUAAAGAAAGACAAAAUUUUAAAGAAAUACUGAAAAUAUAAUAAGAUGCACUUGAUGUAUAUUGUGAUAUAUAUAUAUAUAUAUAAAAUGGUUAUAUAAUAUCAGUAUAUUAAUUACGUAUCGCAGUAUUAAAAUCUUUAUUACAAUGUAAUAUGACAUUUUGCAUCUAAAUAGUUAUAAUUUUGUAUCUCGUUAGCGUUCGAAUCUCAUUUAGUCGUAAGAUAUUAGAAAAUAACAUAGAUAAAAUUUCUAUUAAUCCAAUUUCGCGAUGUGACAUAAUUUGUGCUCAUCAAGAAUAUUUAAUCAUGAUAAUGAUGCUGUGUGUGAUUCGUAAGUUAAGUAGUCACCGAAAAGAAAACGGUGCUCUCUCAAAGCGAUAUUUCUUUGCGAUAAAGAAAUUAAUUUUAUUUAAACUAAAGCCGCGCCUAGACAGCCGGUUGCCCAUGUGUAAAAAAACAAAUUUUGCAGCUUUAAGAGCAUAAGAUAUGUAUAGAUAAAUAAAAAAAGAUGAAUAGAAUAUACAUUUUCAUAA